AUGGCGGCAGUAAGCGGCACGCGGCGGCUGGUGAGCCUGCAGCCGGUGUUGGGAUGGAGGGGUGUUGGCCUGGGGGCAGCAGCGGCCUCGUCGGCAGUCCGACCGCUCUCGACGACGGCGGCCUGUGGUGGUCCCAAGGGUGCGGCCCACGUGCGGGGCAACAAGCAGGUGCAGAUGCGCAAGAAGAAAAAGGCGCCGCCGCGCGGCAAGACGGCCGAACCGGGCGAGCGCAAGCAGCUGCGACGACGGAUUGUGCUGAGCAACGGCAACGCGCUGGCGGUGACAGGCCUGGAGGAGCUGACGGCCAGCAGGCUGCACGACAGCGACAGCGUCGGACGCGUGCUCGCGCUGCCCGACGGCGUGGUCGACCAGCUGCGGGCGGUGGGCGCGUUCAAGCCGUCGCAGAGCUUCUCGCUCUUCCGGCGGCCAAGCGUGCUGAUCCGUGCCGAGACGGCCACCGUGGCCGCCCAAAUGCAGCAGGCUGCCGCGGCCCGACAGACACUCCGACUCGUCGUCGACGGGGAUCGCAUCGCCGGCAAGUCCAUCCUGCUGCUGCAGGCGCUGGCGCACGGAUUCAUGAACGACUGGGUGGUCUUUCACAUUCCAGAGGCUCAUGAACUCACCUCGGCGAGCACCGACUACGCCCCCCUCGACCCCCUCGACGGCCAGCCGCCCCGCUUCGUCCAGCCGGCCUACAUGCUGCAGCUGCUGCAGGCCGUCCAGGCUGCCAGCGGGCCUGUGCUCGCCCGCCACAAGACCGUCCGCGCCUACGACCGGCUCCAGAAUCCGGUCGCGGCUGGCAGCACGCUGCUGCAGCUCGUCGCCGCCGCCCGUGAGAACGACCAUGCCUGGCCCGUCUUCCAGGCCCUCUGGUCCGAGCUGACGACGACGGAGCCGACCGAGAUCGCCCGCCCGCCCGUCCUCUUCGCCCUCGAUGGCCUCGCCCACGUCAUGGGCUAUAGUCGCUACCGCGACCCUGCUUUCGAGCAGGUCCACGCCCACGACCUUGCCCUCGUUCGCGCCUUUGUCGACCUCCUUGCCGGCGCCGAACUGCUGCCCCAUGGCGGUGCUGUCAUCGCUGCUACCUCCCGCGGCAACGCGCCCGCCUGUCUGACCCUCGAUCUCGCCCUCGCCCGCCGCCUGGCCGAGCAGGACCAGACGGACGCGGCCACCAACACCUCCCUCACCCCUCCACCCUACUUCCGCGGCUUCGACGACCGCGUCGCCGCUGCCCUCCACUCUGUACGUGUCCUCCGCCUCUGCGGCCUCUCCCGCCCCGAGGCUCGCUCUCUCAUGGAGUACUGGGCCGCCAGCGGUGUCCUCCGCGAUCGUGUCGACGAACAGGCUGUUGCCGGCACUUGGUCCCUCGCCGGCAACGGCCUCGUCGGCGAGAUGGAACGCACCGCCUUGUUGAGCUUACGGCCGUAG